CCUAGAGCCAAUACAUUACUAUAUUCCUAUCCCACGCCGAUCCUAGGAUGUUUGUUGCUAGGGUCAGAUGCAUAUCCGUGGAGGUUCUCAUUCUGUAUUAUUGCGGCGCGGUGCUGGCAUCCGAACCGCAACUGUCACGCUACCAAUGCACGAAUAUUGGCACGGACAGUAAUUUCAUUCAUGGUUUCCCAUUUAACGCAAGUAGAUGAUUUCAGACCCAGGCAGACCGAACUGGAGGACUUUCCUUUUUUGUCGAAUGGCCUAGCGCUAAUAGAUGUGUCCCGCAACUGAUCUGUGACAUCUCGAGGGGGAAAAGGAGACUUGGCCUUCCAUUCCCAGCUGCAAUUUGGUAUUAUCGUGUCUUCUUAAAUUGUCUGUAUACCAACAGAAGAAAACAUACGUGGAGAGUCUAGAAUGGUAUGAACGACUUAUCAACCAUGGCACCAACAGUGAUCCCACCUCCACCAACCCCCAACUUUCUCCAGCUUUCUUAUCCUGCCCCCCGCAUCUUAUUAGUGGUCAUGGCGCGCGAAGAGAGCCUGAACUGCAUGAACACAGCGGCCCAGUGGGAGAUGGACGCUGUUUGGAAAUGGCUUGAUGACGAGCCUUCCCUAUCGGUAGCCGUUAUCACCGGGGCAGGCAAGAAAGCAUUUUCAGCCGGGGCUGAUCUCAAAGAAUGGAACAAUUCCAUGGGAGAAGAUUCCGACGUCCGAAAUCGCAUUGGCAAUGCACCGGCUUUCAAACCCCUCAGUCGACGACUAGGAAAGAAACCCAUCAUUGCGGCGGUAAACGGGCUCGCGCUGGGUGCAGGUGCGGAGUUUGUAGUUAACUGCGAUCUUGUUGUUGCAGCUGAUACAGCAUACUUUGGCCUUCCUGAGGUCAAGAGAGGUGUGGCACCCAUCGGGGGAUGUCUUCCGCGACUUAUACGGAUCAUUGGGCUCCAACGAGCAUCUGAGUUCGCGUUAACUGGACGCAAUGUGAGCGCACAGGAGGCUUUGACAUGGGGGCUUGUUAACAAAGUUGUCCCGCAGUCGGAGGUUGUCAAUGAAGCGGUCAAAUAUGCAAGUAUGAUUGCUGAAAAUAGCCCUGAUGCUGUAAUCUGCACCAGGGCUGGUCUCAGACAGGGAUGGGAAACUGCAGCUGUGGAACGAGCUGUGGAUAUCACAUUGGAAAGGGAAUUUGCUGAACUACAGAAGGGUUCCAAUAUUCGAGAGGGGUUGAAUGCAUUUACCGGGAAGAGACCUCCUAGGUGGACAAGAAGUCGGCUGUGAAAUUGAUUUGCGGCGUACGAAUGUAGUAGCUACGGACUUUCCUCAAAC